CAAGAACAAUCUCAACACUGGACACACCAAUUCCUUCUCAACAAAUUAAAUGGGACUUCUCCACUCUACCAACCAUCUCCUUUUAUUGCUUCUCCUCUGCAGCUCCACAUCACUCUACAACUCAGUGGAGGGUCGUUAUCCAUCCUUCCGGAAAUUGCAAGUGGGAGAGGAGAGGGAAAGGUGAGGGCUCUGAUUGGAUCAAGGCCGCCGACGUGUGAGAAGAGGUGCAGGACAUGCAGCCAUUGCGAAGCAAUACAGGUGCCAGUGAUCACACAAAAGACCAAGACUCGAACUAAGAAGGAAUCCCUGGACUUGGCCUCUAACUUGAGUGGAGACUUCAACUCCAACUACAAGCCCCUGAGUUGGAAAUGCAAGUGCGGAAGCAUCGUCUUUGAUCCCUGAAGCAAAUUAAAGCCUGAAUCAAUACCAGCUGAAUUGUGGAUAAUAAAAAAAUACACUUAGAGAACGAAGCUGUUGUUUUCCUUCAUUUUUGUUAUCUUUUCCCUUACAUUUUGUCGCUGUGCGUCAGGUUCAAUGUGUUUGAUUUGAUGA